CAGGCAAGCUGCCUGAAUGUCAACUCCCCUCUGUCGAGCUGUCACUUGACAGAAGCAGCAGCAGCAGCAGCAGCGCACAUGAGCCAGAGUGCCGCGCACGGAUUUAAUUCGCCUGUCGACUUUACUUUAAAGGCGUCGUCUUCGUUGCGUUUUCAACGGGGCAGCGACAUUAAAGGACAACGGCUUUGGCAUCUCCACGGACGGUGCACGAAAGCGUAGGACGAAGGUUCGGGCUGCUAAUGCUAAUAGCUAGCCAGCUAGCUUGCGGACUGAUAGCAGGUGUUCGGCAGCCCGGUGGUGUAUUUAGCGAAGGUCGGAUGAGCUAAGGGUUAGCUGCUGCUCCACAGUAUAUCAGCAGUUGCGUGCGUUGGUAUGAUAAAAUUGUCAAUGUAGUGGUUUUGUCAAGACAACGCGAUCACUUGCGUUGUCAUUGUACGCAGUGUUGUCAAGUUUUGACCGCUUCACGCCUUUGUGAAGUUAACCUGCAUCGUUGCUAACUAGCAUGCUACAGCUAUGCUAAUGCCAGCUCAGUGAGGCUUCACGUCGUCGCAGGGCUGCGGAGAUCUACGAACGAGCCGAAAGGGGGAAGAGACGUGCUCGAUAAUGCACACCGGGGCACUUGGUGGACUGUCAGGCGACGGAGAACAACAUUAGCUUCAACAUUGCAUCCCCCACACCCACCGUUGAGAUCUGACCAUAUGCUUCUAGCCAGGCUGCGGUGGAUAUUUGAUGAAGAAAGGGAUUAGGACAUUUUGAGCAGACAGCUGACUAAAUGAAUAGCACUGUUCUCCACUGAGUCGUGAGGUGGUGGCCAUUGUGCCAGAUAAGGGAAUACAUUGUGAAGAUUAAACCCACGGACUGCAAUACCUACAACCAGCUUGCAAUACGAUGGCUUCGGCGAGCAGUAUUGCUGCAGCCAUUGCUAGCAAAACCAAGACCAAAAAGAAGCACUUCGUUGCCCAGAAAGUGAAGCUCUUCCGUGCCAGCGAUCCACAACUCAGCGUGGUUAUGUGGGGUGUCAAUCAUUCGAUAAAUGAGUUGAGCCACGUUCAGAUUCCCAUCAUGCUCAUGCCUGAUGACUUCAAGGCCUAUUCUAAAAUUAAAGUGGACAACCACCUAUUCAAUAAAGAAAACAUGCCUAGCCAUUUCAAGUUCAAGGAGUACUGCCCCCUGGUGUUCCGAAACCUCAGGGAGCGGUUUGGCAUCGACGAUCAGGAUUUCUUGAACUCCCUGACUCGUAGUGCUCCGUUGAACAGCGAAGCCCAAGGACGAAGUGGUGCCCGUUUCCAUACCUCAUAUGACAAGCGCUAUGUCAUCAAGACCAUCAGCAGUGAAGAUGUGGCGGAAAUGCACAACAUUUUAAAGAAGUACCAUCAGUUUAUCGUGGAGUGCCAUGGCAACACGCUGCUGCCUCAGUUCUUGGGGAUGUACCGGCUCACCGUGGACGGGGACGCAACUUAUAUGAUUGUUACACGCAAUGUCUUCUCCCACCGCCUUUCGGUCUUCAAAAAAUAUGAUCUGAAGGGUUCCACUGUGGCACGCGAGGCCAGUGACAAGGAAAAGCAGCCGCCCCCACCAGAGGAUGUGCCCCUGCGGCCCAAAUCUGGUAACGUUCAGCAAAGGCUGCAAACACUGCGGAUCGCUACGCGCUUUUACUGCGCCAUGAAACACGUAAGAGAUGCUAAGGAGCUUCCCACCUACAAGGACAACGACUUCAUCAACGAUGCCCAAAAGAUCUGCAUUAACGAGGAGAAUAAGAAAAUGUUCUUGGAGAAGCUUCGGAAAGAUGUGGAGUUGCUGGCACAGCUGAAGCUCAUGGACUACAGCCUGCUGGUGGGGAUCCACGAUGUGGAACGAGCAGAGCAGGAAGAGGUGGAGAGCGAGGACAACGAGGCCGAGGAAGAGGGGGCUGAGAGUGACGGUGGGGUCAUCGGGACCCCUCCAGACAGUCCGAGCAACACCCUGGACAGCACUAAGCCCCUGUCCCCUGGAGAGUUUGAUCCCACCAUUGACGUCUACGCCAUCAAGAGCAGCGAAAGUGCUCCUAGGAAAGAAGUUUACUUCAUGGCCAUCAUUGACAUCCUGCAACAUUAUGAUGCCAAGAAGAAAGCCGCCCACGCCGCUAAGACGGUCAAGCAUGGAGCUGGGGCCGAAAUCUCAACAGUGAACCCCGAGCAGUACUCCAAGAGGUUUUAUGAUUUCAUCACCACUAUUCUGUCAUAGCCCCCGCGAGCACCAGGAGGUGCUUAGGCUGGGACGGACGGACGGGCAGGGGUGGGGUCAGGGGGUGGAGACAAAUAAAUGAUGGAGGGAGAAUGCAGGUGCUGUCGUGUCCCCUUUACCCAUGACCUCGCCUCUCCCUGUUUGGCCUUCCUCUUACAGUGGGUGCCACGCCUUGCAGCAGCUAAAACAUUGUUCGUUUACAUUCAACCUCACCCUGAGUUUUACUUGGGUUUCCUUGGAUGAGGCGGUUGUCAAAAGUGUUUUUUUCUUUUUCUUUUUUUCUCUCAAGUGUGUAAUUAGUCUUGUCUUGUCAUGUUGGUGGAAAUGUGGCUUUGAAAUUGGCUCGUACAGCUCGUCAUUUGUGUGUUUGUGUCAGACUCGCCCUUUCGAUGGCUAUCGGCUGGGCUUGACUCAGUUUUGGUGGAAGGGUGAGCUCGCAUGAUGUAGGAAACAAGUCUUCCACUAGGUGUUCAGCAGAAGCAACCAUGAAAUCUUGUCCUUGCCGAUUGUUGUGUUGUUGAUGUCGCUCUUGCCAUAUUUGGAUACCGCGCUUCUCAUCCCAGGCAGUCAUUUUAAUUGUUAAGCGGACUGAAUAUGUUUGACUAAGGGACGCGAUGGGAAUGCAGGUGUCACCAUUUUCAAAGUAAUUUCUGGGCUCUUGCCAUCAGCACCUUAUGUUAGGGAGGGAAAAAAAAUAGAAUGAUUGCACUUUUUUUGUUGUUACAGUCCACGACAAAACAUUUGACCGUUUAUUACAUUUGUUGCAACAACGAUGAAUCAUGUGAAUAUUGUGUGGGAAAAGCUGCAGGGACUCAACUCCGUUUGGAGAGCAACCAGAAAAGUAUUAGAUUGGGACGAGUGGAAAACCCCCCCUUUUUUUUUUUUUUUCUCUUCUCCAUACAGUAUGAACCAUAUUGCUGCCGCACACUUGUGGGAGCAGAAAUAAACAAGCUGCAUCCCUAAUUUCAAAGUCAGUGCAACUUUUUUAAGGAAGCUAAUAAUCAUUGGUCUAGCAAUGCUUCCAGAUGCUGUUUAUGCAACCACGGGGAUCGCAAAAAUAGCGUGAUCUCGAAAUCUUUUACAUGAACUUCAUCGAAACAAUAUUUGACCCGUUUUGUUUGCAGAACAUCUUAAUGCCCAGUCUGUAGUUGCAAGAUGAAUGAACUUCCUUAUUUUGCAUUCUAGUGGCAAAUGUGUUUAAUAAUGGUGAGAGUCGCAGCCCCCUGUCCUUGUGUUAGUAACCACGUUUCUCUUUAACAUUAGCUGGUAACUUUCCUGGAAAGUGUUUUUUGGGAGCUGAUACAGGAGCAUGUUUUCAGGGGGGGUCCCCAUUUGUGUUGGAGAUUUUUUGUAUAUUUUGCACACAAGGAUAGGAACCAAAUGUUACGAACAACAACCCCAAUUAUUUGAUGCGGUCUUAAGAAGGGAAAUGCAAUAUAUGUGUGCGCGCGUGUGUUUAAGUGAGAAAAGUGGUUGUCGCGUGUAACGUGUAGUACUUCUGUAUAAUUAAAGCAAGUAACGUCGUCCUCUUUGACCUAUUUUAACCAGUGCAAAAAGUUUCCAUCACAAUGUUUGUGUAGAUAUGAGAUUAUAUUCACAUUUAUAUUUUUACAUUGGAUUUUAGUCAUGAAUAAUUGUAUUAAAAUAAAAAAAAUAAAAAUCAUGAGUCACUCAAGUGGAUGAAUGACGGUGCUGUGGUAAAUGAAGAAUAAUUAUGCUUGAAUUUUUAAAAUGCUUACUCUGAUGUGCUUCAAAAAGUUGUUAAAAAAAAAAAAAAUUGCAUGUCACAGGACUAAGUUUCCUUUACCCUCUAGUCAGUGUUGUUGUCUGUUCAGGUUAUUUUGGUGUCUCUACACCUUUUUAAUGUGUGAGCUGUUUUACAUCAUAUAGUACCCCACCAUGCUUUAACUGUUUUCAUUGUUACACUGUGCAAAAUGUGUGCCUUUAUACUCCGGAAAACGAUUUGGUUUUAUAUUUUGUAAUCUUUUUUUUAAUAAAUGUCAAACGUUAUUUUGAUAAUAGGGUGUUUUACUUUGCCAUGUAUUGCAGCCCCCAUCCUUCCCGAUUGUAUUUCUAGACUUCAUGUUUUGAAUUGUAAAACCAUUUGAUUGGUGUUAAAACAAGCUGUGUUCACAUUUGAGAUUGUGGUCGAGUCCUAUUCAUCCCUUUGAUGCUUGCCCUGCCUUUUUACCUGUGUGGAUGUGCUAACUGGCACUUUCAGCCAUCAUCACAUGUAUCUUUGUUGUGUGUUAUUUCUCACAUUGACUUAUAUAUUUUUUUUUUGGUUCCACACGUUAUGCGUGUGGAUAUUCAAUUUUCAAAAACGUCCCACCAGCUUGUUAUCCAUAACCGUAACUUAUACAAUACUCUGUAAAAAGGGAGACUCACAUUUAAGUCUGUUUUUGGCCCUGGAGGCUUCCUUGUAAACACGUGUGGCUUAAGUGGAAACAACAGUGUAUACUUGGAAAGAGUUAUUUUUUGUAUUUUAUUUGUAUUAACGGUUAUCAAAAUGAGGGCAAUGCCAGAUUUCAGCAGAGUACUGCUGUCUUCAAUUGCUUUUUUUUUUUUUUUUUUUUGCUUUUCAAUGCUCUCUAGCUGCCUACAACUUGCCAAAAGCAUUUUUCAACAAACCAAAUGAGAUGAGAUGGAAGGACAUAGUAAUGUGUCAAAUGUCUGACUGCUUAUGUAGUGAGGAAAGGAGACUUUGUGUUUGAAUAUGAAAUGAAUUGUGUGCAGGUCAGGCAAGAGGGAGACUGAAAAUGUCCUGCAUUUGGCUUUUUGUGGACUGACAUCAGUAUCCCAAAAACAUUCAACCAACUUUAUGAACAGAAAAAGGAGGUCCAGGCAUACACUUCUAUUAUUUGUUUGAGCAUUGCACGUGCGGUUGUGUGUGUGUGUGUGAGAGUGAUUGAUUGUGAUUGGUGCUGUUUGUGACAGUUCAGUGGCAUUAUGGCCCCCCCCCCCCAGAUGUUUAUUGUUCUUAACAUUUAAUGAUAAUAAAGUCCGCAUUCCACAAGCAUUCACUGAAAUCAAUUAAAGCACUUGUUCUGCUUGA